AUGUCAAUGGGACCAAGAGGAAGGUAUCUAUCAAUGUUCGUUCCUGAUACACUAAUAGACGAUGAAACUUCUAGGAAUGCGGGGGAGCAGGGAACUGAAUACGAACCCCGGCACCGCGGUGCCUAUUUCGGCAUGUGGAAUGGGGAAAAUUGCCAUUGGCAGCUUGGCUGGAGAGGUCGAAAAUUACACUGGAAUGCUGAACUACUAGAUCUGAUUCUAUGUCCAGGCUCAAAUCCUAUUAAUCAAGGUCGAAUUCGGAUGGGCGAAUUUGAAAUCGGUUGA